AUGUCGCUACUCGCGCCCCACCUACAGCAAACACCGAAAUACGCUUUCGCACGAGCGAAUAUGGCGACCAUGAGCGGCGACGCGCCAGUAGCUACGGCCAAGACUUCGAGCCCACAGCACUUCAUGUACACGAGCGGAGAGACGGAUCCUGUUUGGAUUCACCACCUGCCGUACAAGAGCAUCCCCAAGUUCCCCAAGCUUGACAAGGACCUCGAGACGGACGUCUGCAUUGUCGGCGCCGGCAUCUCUGGUGUCUCAGUCGCCUAUGAGCUGGUCACUCGUGGCCUGAACGUCGUCCUGAUCGAAGGUCGAGAGGUGCUUUCAGGUGAAACUGGACGUACCAGCGGGCAUCUCGCCAACGACCUAGAUGACGGCUACACUGCGAUUGCGAAGAAGCACGGGGACAAGGGCGCAAAGGCGGCUGCUGAAUCACACACUUGGGCGCUUAACCGCGUCGGUGUGAUUUCCAAGCAGCUGGGCAUUGAGUGCGAGUACCGCCAUCUGCCCGGCUACGACUUCUCGCAAUACCCCAAAGACUCAAAAGACCAUGCGAGCGACAUCAAGGCUCUCAUCGAAGACGGCGACAAGGCGAAGGCGCUCGGUAUCCCCACAGAAUACAAGGAAGGUUUCAAGCUCAAGGGUUGGGAGGGUAGCAUUGAUCAGAGCGAUGCCGUCAUAUACCCACAGCAGGCGACGUUCCAUCCCACCAAGUACGUUGUCGGUGUACUCGACUUCCUCAAGCAGCAGUCCAACUUCUCGUGCUACACCAACACGCGAUGCAUCGACGUGCAGGAGAAGGGCGUAGAGAUCAUGGGCAUGGGCCACAAGGAUGUCUACGUCAAGACAGCCGACGGAAACACCAUAAAGUGUGCCGAUGCUGUCGAGGCUACCUGUGUCCCGCUUCAGAAGCUGUCAGUCAUCGCCGAGGAGGAAUACUUCCGCACAUAUUGUAUCGCCAUCCGCGUGCCCAAGGGUUCAGUCGAGGACGCCCUGAUCUACGAUUCGGCCGAAAUCUACAAGUACAUACGUCUCACCGAGUGCGACGAGAAGGAUGACUACAUGGUCGUGGGUGGAGGUGACCACAAAGUUGGCCAAGCCGAUACCGUCGCACCCUUCAAAGAGCUUGAAGAAUGGACACGCGCCCGCUUCCCACAAGCAACCACAAUCGACUACAAGUGGAGCGGUCAGGUCUUCGAGCCCGUCGACCACAUGGCGUUCAUCGGCAAGAACCAAGGAAACAAGCACAUCUACAUCAUCACCGGUGACUCUGGCAACGGACUGACCCAUGGUGUUCUUGCCGGAAAGCUCAUCGCAGACUCGAUCACUGAGCAACCCAACUCCUGGAUCUCCGCCUACGACCCCAAGCGCCUAGCUUCCAUCGCAAAGUCCGCAACCAGCAUGAUCAGCCACGACCUCCAGAUCAACGCGCAGUACAAGCGCUUCGCUCAGUCUGACAUCAAAGACAUCGAAGACCUUGUACCUGGUGAGGGCGGUGUUCUCAACACCAACCCCACCAACCCGCUCGCUGUAUACAAGGAUGAGGGUGGUCAGAUUCACAAGUUCUCCGCGCUGUGCCCGCAUCUGAAGGGUGUGGUUUGCUGGAAUACUACGGAGAAGAGUUGGGAUUGCCCGGUCCAUGGCAGCAGGUUUAGUAAAGAUGGUGUGCAGCUUUGUGGGCCGGCGAAGAUGGGUCUUGGGCCGGCGAAUGAGAGUGGUGAGAAGAUGCAACAGCAGGCUAUCAAGGGUUGA